AUGUUCGCGAUCAUUCUGAUUGGGAUCACUUCGGUUGUCCCACAAGUUGUGGCUCAAUGGAACUGCGGCGGGACCAGCUAUAUGCCUGGGUCGGUCAAAUUUACGAAGGAAUGCCACGACGCCGUGGAGAACUGCAUCAGCCAAUUCGCCGCCAACGCCAGCCAGGUCAAUUGCCAAGGCGCUGCAGGAAAUCUCUACAUGCAGCAACAGGCAUCUGGCGGUAGCAACAGCGACUAUACAAGUGCCUUUGAAGAUAUUCUCGAUUUUUGUCUGCUUGAUGGAUGGACCACAGGAACAUGGGAUGAUGGCAGUGAUGGCCAAUGGUUUUGGAUGGCUGCGGAGUCCGAUUGUUACUCUCAGGAUGGAACAAUUGAUACAACUGGACCGGGCUUUUGCAUUCAAGAUCGGACUGACACAGUUGUAGAUGGCUGUUAUCCCCAGCCUGCGCCCAACUCUGGGCCAUUACAGGUUCUCCGCAGUGCAAAGACUGCCAACGGCUUUACCUCAUCUGGCCGGGGAUGGAAUUCAUGGGGUAUCGAGGCUCUCUCCGACCCGUCGAUAAUUCCGGGUUGGACAGGAGCAAAUCAACAGAGUGUCCUGGACCAAUGCACCGUACUCUCAAGGCCUGAGUUCCAAAACAUGGGCUACGACUUGUGCAGCUUGGAUGCGGGCUGGUCCACAAACGAUGUCGAUGACUACGGGAGGAUCCAGUACAACAGUACGGCCUUUGACCUACCUCAGUUGGCGCAGAAACUCCACGCAAUGGGUUUGAAGCUGGGCGUCUACGUAAUCCCAGGAGUUCCCUGUGGUGGGGCCAACCGUACGAUCAAGGGGACGAACAUUCUUAUCGGCGAUGUACUAAACGGUAACAACGAUGGGCUUGACUACUGUGACUGGGACUUUUCCAAGGACGGCGUGCAGCAGUGGCAUGAUUCUCUGAUAGAGCUCUGGACAUCAUGGGGGAUUGACAUGAUCAAGCUCGAUUUCCUCACACCAGGAAGCCCGUGGAAUGGCGCAAACCUGGUCUGCAACAACAGCGCCGCGGUGGAAGUAUAUCACAAAGCGAUCGCCAACUCUGGCCAACAGGUUCGUCUGGAUCUUUCGUGGAAGCUGUGCCGCAAUGAAACAUACCUGCCACUCUGGAGCUCCUUCGCCGAGUCGAUGAGAACAGACCAGGAUAUCGACAACUACGGUACAAAUACCUUCCUUGCAUGGCAGGUCGUCCAGCGGGCCAUUGACAACUACCGGCAAUACAUCUCGCUGCAGAAGGAACGUAAUGUGCCAAUAACGAUAUACCCAGACAUGGACAAUCUAUUCGUCUGCAACCCUCAGAACCUGACAGGUGUGAGGGACACACAGCGAGUCACGAUCAUGAACCACUGGCUUGGUGCUGGUGCAAAUUUGGUUCUCGGUUGCGAUCUCCGUCACAUUGAUGCACUGGGUACCAAGCUGCUCACGAGCAGUCAGAGCGUUUCAUUCGCCAAUUUUGCCGCCAAUUAUCCUAUGCAACCUCGAAAUCCAGGUACGGGGAACAACUUGGCGCAGCAGGCGCAGGCUUGGAUCGGAGGACCAGACGACGCAUCCAAUUCAUAUGUAUUGCUUGUCAACUACGGACCGGAUCAGGGCUCCGGCGGAUUUAAUACUUCGCUGUCAGGAAUCCAGGAGGUGACCAUCUCACUGAAUGAGCUUGGAAUUUCUGGAAAACGAUGGAAGUUUACAGAUGUCUGGAAUGGUAACUCGAGCACAGUAUCGCGUUCUUUCACAGCAUAUCUAGACGAGGGAGAGUCUCAGUUGCUCUAUCUAGAGGGCUGA